CAAGCGUAUUACAAUAAUUAUAGCCUAAAACCCUCACCAAGAAAGCAUGACGCUAUCUGUACUAUUGUGAGCCAACCUAGCGCACCUGUGCGUUCCAUUGGGUGUUACGCACCCCAAGUGGCGUUACGUCGGCUAGGGUUAGUGAAAAACCGCAACACAUGGCUUACAGUAGAGUAGUACAAUAACAAAUCAAUAGACAUUUGUUAUUGAGAGAACUGGGAUAUGAGUGGUCGCGAGCGCAGUGGAAACCGAACCUGGUCGUUGGAUUCGGACCUUGACUCGCGUACGUCCCAGACAGUGGGCAGUUCGUCAGGGGCUCUUGAGGAGGACAAGGAGGUCGCCUCGCAAGCUGUACUGUUCUUCAUCAAUGGUUCGAGGAGAGGUGCAGUGCACCUGUGCUCGAGUAUAGCCGAGAUACUGCGCGAGAAUCAACGUCUGCACAGGACCGUAGAGGUCCAAAGGGCCCGAAUAGAGGAGCUGAUGUGCUCUCUGUCCACUGCUCCGGCUGCUCCCGUGGGUCCCUCAGAUUCCAACAGAUCCCAGACCAACUCCACCUCUCCCUUCUCCUGCCUCCCCUCCGUCUCUCUCGCCGCCUCCUCCCCCUACCUCCCCUCUCCCCCAGCCAGUGUCUCCCCCAGUGUGUCCUCCUUAUACAGUUCUGGGAGGGGCAGCCUGUGCUCUAACACCACACCCCCCUGCCUCCCUCCUCUGGUCCCCCUUCACAACCUCACCCCUCAGAGGAGACAGACAGCAGUUCUGCCCUGUGUGAAAGAGUGUGAGAAGGAGGAUCUGGGAGAAAAGGAGAGGAGAGGAAAGGAAGGCAGGAGAGGAGAUGAGAGGGUGAAGAAGAGAGGGGGAGAAAGGAGACAAGAAGACAACAGUCUUACUCUACCCUCUGUAGAAGAAGCUCUGGGAUCACAACCCUUACCCAUCAUGCCUCACUCCUCCCAUAGUGACAGCAUUCCCAGAGAAAGAGUCAGGAGGAGGGAGAAGGGCAACCUGUCGUCUGAGCAGGGUGGACAGACAUCGGACCGAAAACACACGCUGAAGGCUGGACCUCAUUAUCAUACUUCACAAUGGACACAUGAGGAUGUCACAGCCUUUAUGAUGAGCUGUUUUUGUGGUAGUUUGUUUUUGGUCAUUGAUAUUGUUGUUGUUUGUGAGCAGAAAAGAGAGAAUGUCCUAAGGAGAAGUGCCUCAUGUGGACCUCUGAGGGGAGAGAUGGAGGAGACAAAAGGGGAGGAGACGUGGUGUCUGGCCCCAGACUAUCCUGACUCCUCGUCCACAGUCCAAGCAGCAGGAGGGCUGGAACCCAGGGCAUUAACCACCAGGAAGAAGCACCGCCUGUGUGUGAAUGACCGUGUAGUGCUGGAGGGGAGGAGGAAAGGAGAGGAGAGGAGAAGAGGAGCUGUGAGGUUCAUCGGACCACUGGAAAACACUGAGUCUACAGACAUCUAUAUAGGAGUGGAAUUGGACACAGCCAGUGGAGAAAAUGAAGGCAGUCUCCAUGGUAACAGGUACUUCAGGUGUAAGCCCAACCAUGGAACAUUCACCACCAUCACGGGGAUCAGAAAGCUCUCUCGAUCAUCAAUCUCCAAGUCUAGAAGCUCCAAACCUCCAGAGGAGGGUGACUCUAGUGACUCUGGGCCGGGGAGCUCUGCAGUGGCAAUAGGGAGGAGCAGGAACGGGCUCAGAAGGACCUGGAACCAGAUGGACAUUAGAGCUCAGGUCCAUUCAGAGCUAGGAGGACCCAGAGAUAAGACUACCGUGGAGAACCCUGGACUGAACUGACAUUACACCAUCACUUACCCCUGGACUGACACUCCUCUCCUAAUCCCUCAAUCCACAACCUUACAUUUUCCCCUUUCUCUCCUGACGAGUUUAUACUCACUAGACAACAUGCUGAAGAAGCCUUCUUCAAUCUUCCAGCAUGUAACUAUAGAGAGAGAGGACUUGUUUUAGUAUGGGCAGCACCAUUGAGGACUUCAACUGGGUGGCACCUCCUAUGGGUUAAGGAAGGAUCACAUAAUUCCAUCCAGGUCAUCAGGAGGAAUCAGCCAAUGAAUUAAACUAGUGAGGAAACAUUCCUUAACUCCAGGUGGCAGUAAAUCGCCAACCUUUGCUUUUUACCUGUUCAAACAACACACUCUAGGUGGCAGUAUGCACCCUUUUUGCCAUCUCGUAGAUGAAAGUUGACUAGUUCAAAAUGGAGAUGCUCACAGAUGCCAUAAUGGAACGAUGCAAAGUUAUCCAAGUAUAUGGUUGUAACUGACCUCCCAGCCUUUUGACAAAUGGCAUCUGUCUGCCAUGCUUUCAUCAGGUGUAACUGACCAAUCCAAGUCUUGGAUCAGGAAAAACUUUACUAGAUGAACGUGUGUUGUCUGUG